CCAUUUAUUCCACUUUUAUAAACAUUUAAAUUUUAGAUACAAAAUAUAAAUAAAUCAUUAGUAUAAUAAAACAUAUGUAAGAAAUUUAAACUUUAUAGUCGUAUAACUUGUUAAAAUUUAAAGAAACUUUAUAAUGGGCUAUUAUGCCAGCGGUGAUACACGAAAAAUAAUACAAACUUCUGACGAUGACGAAGGUUAUGAAAAUCAAUCAUCUUGUACUACAGUAUCUGUUGGAAUAUUAAAUCAAUUAGAAGAUAGAAAUAAACAAUACUUUAUAUUUGGAAUUUCUCAAGGAAUUGUAAGUUAUUAUUAUUAAAAAUAAUACAUUUUUAUUUA